CUAAAAAUGAGCACUGAAAAGUUAGUUGAUUUACUUUGGCUCGUAAAAAUGAUAUUGGUUAUUGGAUUUUAACCAAGUAUUUGGAAUAUAUCAGCUUCCAGCGGGACAUUCAUUUGGAUGGCUACUUUGAAGGCCGUUAAAGCUAAGAAGGGGAAGGUUGAAACAGAGAUUGAACGAUAUCGUGCUGAGGGACAUUGGAGUAAAGCUUUAGAUAUCAUAUCAGUUCAUGGAUCUGACCGCUCCACUCCCUUUCAUAUAUUGAAUCAGCUGAUUUUGUGUGAAAACGAAAUAGAAUGGACUGACCAGGGAGAGCUGACAACAGGGAGUUUGUCGAAGGCCAGAAAAUAUGCGGAAGAAGUUAUCAGCAGCAAUGACGAGCAGUACAAAUUCGAAGCGUCUGUUCUUUUGGGAAAGAUUUUUUAUCUACAAGGAAAUACUGAUAAAGCCCUUAAACUACUUAGCUCUCUAAACCUUUCAUCUACCAAAAUGGAUCCCAUUACAUUACGUUUCAACCGGAUUGUAAGUGAGGGCUUGGCUGUACUAGGUUUAUGCAAAGAAGAGCAGUGUAAACUAAAGGGCUCACUUGAUGUGUCAAAAGAAAAGGAUUCCAUCCUUGCACUCUACAACUUGGCGUGUCAUUUAUGUAUAAAGCACCUGCAGGAACUAGAUCGAAACCAACCGGAAAACACCAGUUCAUGUAUCACUUUACCACCAACUGUAGAGAAAGUGAUAGAAAGAAUCCCAGAAAUUAUGAUUGAAAAAGGCAAUAUAUCCGGAGCCAUUUCAAAAUACCGAACUAUUCUGGGUUACUGUGAAUUGCCUGCAACUAAGUCCCUCAGACAAACCCUAUCUCUACAAUUCUCUGAACUACUAUUGCGGAGUGUAUGCAUAAAGUCAUACUACAAGUACAAUACAUCAUUGGAUCAAGAUUCUCGAACGGAUAAGGAUUACCAGUUAGUCCCAUACCGUUAUCCUACGAACCGAUAUAUUCCAGAAAAUCGAAUAGAAGAGGCUGUCCUUUCAUUGAUGAUUUCUGAGCAUAUAGCUAGUCAGGAUGUUAUACUGAAUCGACCAUCAGAGUUAUCUGAAGCUCAGAUUGUUCGAUCAUUUAACAAUGCAGCUGCCGUCUACGACUUACUCGCUAUCCUCCUUACCAAAGUUAAACACUUCAAAUUUCUUUCUAAAUGCCUUGAAAAAGCAUUGAAAUUUUCUUACCGUCGAUUUCAUAUCUGGUAUCAAUUCGCCUUAUCGUUGAUCAGUUCUAAACAGCACUAUCGUGGCUAUUUGGUAUUACGUGAAUGUUUGAGAAUUGAUCCUUCGAAAAUAUCAGUUUACCUACUCGCUAGUUCACUUUGUCUUGGCCAUUUAAAUUUAAUUGAAGAAGGAAUGGAAUUAGCUUCUCAAGCUAUUGAGGUGGCUUCACAGUCUGAAGUGGCUUUCUUGGCUCGAGCUCACCUACUAGUCGGUUGGGGUUGGUCCUUACUAGCGAGAUCAUGUUGUGUUGUGGAUAAGAAAGGUGAAUUACGAGGUCGUGCUGUCAAUGAAUACCGAAACGCUAUUCAACUGGAUCCUGAUGAUUAUCUAGCCUGGUAUCACUUAGCUGUUGAACUGGCUACACAACGUCAUCUUGACGAAGCUCUGUCCGUUUGCCAGCAGAGUUUACAAUUAAUGCCAAUACAUUCCAACACAUUAUACCUAUUAGCCUUAUUACAUACAGCUGGUGGGAAACGUAUGGAUCAAGCGUCAAAAGCAUUAUAUGUUGGUUUAAGCGAUAGACCGAAUGAUUUCAAUUUAUUAUUUUUGUUAGCUAAAGUAGAAGAGGUUAGAAUUAAUCCAAAAGCUGGUUUGAAAAUUUAUCGUCAUUUGUUGACAGUUUGGCGAAAUACAUUCGCACUGCGUACAAAUCCCAAGAUGAUGUUCGAACGAAUUCGGAAGGCCGCCAUAUCAUCAAAUAAUGAUCCGAAUAACCUGAACAUCACUGAUGAUUCAACACUGUCAUCUUCUGCAUUCUCACCAUCUUUAGAAUUUGACGAUAACUUUUCACUACUAAAUUUAUGUGAAGAGGAUAUUAAUUGUGGUGGUAGUGUAAAUAGUUUUAAUCACCUGCAAUCUGCACUGUCUGAUAUAGCAAUUGGUUCUGUUGGUCAAACUGGUGCAUGUAUUGCACCAAUCCCAAGACAAUCACGUUCAACUAAUCAAGCUCAAUCGAUUGCCCUGAAAAUACAGAUUAAAAUUUACCAAGGUUUAGCGGAAUCUUAUUUGGACAAUGAGCAACUGUUCGAAGCAAAAGAAGCUUUGCAAGAAGUAAUGAAAAUUGGUGGCCUUGACAGUCAAACACUAUAUCUGGUAGUUUACUCUUUCCUAUAUGUACAGUAAAUGGCAGCUUGAUUUUCGCUUAUUUCCUAGAGUUUCAAAAGAUGCAUUAUUGCUUCUGUGUUAAAGUUUUGUCAUGCCUUAUGUUUGCUACAUUUUUUGGAUAUAUUACUCAAAAUUAGAGAGAGGAAAAUCAAUUUGUACAUCUUGAGGAAAUCCGUAAUAUGCUGUUAAUAUUUUCGAGGUAGCUUUCAUCACAGACUGUUAUCGAUUGACGAACCAUUGAAAAUCUGAGACCACUGAACAGAUGUUUCAUCCCAAUUUAUGACUUCCGCUACUCCCUCCCUUUUAUUGACCGAGUUCAGGACUGUCAGAUUCUACUGUGAGUGCGUUACCAUUCAGUCACUGGGUUAGAAUCCAGUGAUCGACCUUUCCUACAAAUUUACUUAGAUCAAUAAUCCCUAUUGCGAGAGAUACGAAAAAUUCUCUGUAUGACGAUUCCAUUUGCAAAGCUGCACAAGUGUCUUGAUAUUUUUUACCACUCUGUGCACUGAUGUAAAUUGUGGCAACCAGUAAGUAGUUAAUCCAAGCCCCAUAUUGUUAAAGUCUGCAUAUUUGAACCUAACUAAUGACUCGGUGAUAAAUUCAUUGCUUGAUCUAUCGUAUUCAGUUUCGGUAAAUCUAGUUAAGUUAAUUAUCGUCGACACAUAUGCCAUAUACAUUUUUUGGUAAAUACAUGCUAUACUUUUCAUUUGUGUUCAUAUCUAUUGACAAAUUUACAGCGUGGACGUUUAGCGGAAAAACGUGGACUUUUGUGCAAUGCACGAUCUUUAUAUGAAAGUGUUAUUGCACUAAAACCCAAUCAUUUAGAAGCAUUAAUUUCUUUGUCAAAUCUCCUACACAAAAAUAAUCAGACAACCUUAGCUGAACGCGUAGCACGAGAUGCUAUAAAUGUGGAUCCAACUAGUUUUCGUGUAUGGCGUUUACUUGCAGAUAUACUAGGUUCACCGAAUACACCUGAACCAGCCUCUGAAGCUGUUAUAACGCGUGCACUUUUAACAGCUAUUGAACUUGAACAAACUGAACCCAUUGAACCAUUCUAUCAUCUACCACUUGGUAUACGUUGUAGCUGAAUGUGAUAUCUUUUCUAUUUUUUAUUAUUUAUUCUCUUAACAUCAUUCCUUGUUGUAAUUCAGGAGGCUUCUACACCAUAUAUACAUAAACAAAUCAUUCUUGUAAUUAUAGUUAGUAACAUAUUUAUUAGUUCAGUUAUUUAUACACUGAUGGAAAUUUUACUUCGCCUUCAAAAUGUAUACAAUUAUUAUAACAUAUACAAUAUUGGUAAUUCAACUGCCUUGUAAGAAACAAUCAUUCUUGUUUUCAAAACUUUGCAUGCGUUGUCGAUUAACGUAUAAAUAUCCACUUUGCAUUGUGAUC